AAUCACACCGGUUCGAGCUACCGGAAGUGACGCUAUCCGCAGGGUCAGGGGAGGUGUUGCCGUUGGCGGUUCCGUUGAACCCGACAACUUUUGGGCGGUUUUUUUCUGGGGGUAAUAGAAAUGGCUGCUUUCUUGAGUACCUGGAUUGGUGGCGGCGGCUGAACCGUAGUCUCCGCUGCCGCCGGGGGAGAACGGGAGGCAUGUAGAGGAGCGGCGGAGGAAGACGCUUCUCGGGGUCUGGUCUUUUGUCAUUCAUUGUCUUUUCGCUCCCGCCCUCCGGGCCUCCCCUCAGAGCCCUGGAGCGGGCCGCUCCUGGCCUUGGGUCUCCCGCGUGCGCUGGGCUGCGGUCUGAGGAGAAGGAGGAGGAAGAAGGUGCUGUGUACCAUGAACUCCCCUGCCGUAGCAUCUCCGACCUGGAAGAAGGACCAUUUGUGGCAGAUCUUGUUGGCGCUUGACUUCGAGCCCGACAAGGCCGCGGCCGAAGCGGGGAAGCUCACUACGCACACGAAGUUGGGCGCGAACAUGUUUGACAAACCUAACAAUGAUGCCUUUCACAUAGUUGCCUACUUUUUGUUCACUGCUCUGAAUCCUUCCCAUGCCAAAGAAGUCUUCAGGUUCUGUUGGCCUCCACUAGACCGAAAAGCUGAUGCUGAAUUUCGGAAACAGUGCUGUGAGUGGUUGAAAAAAAUUUCUGAUGAAUGUGGAAGCAGCUUUCCUCAAGUCGUUGGUUCAUUGUUUCUUUUUCCUGGUGGCCCUAAGUUUGUUGAGCUCAUGUACUGUUUUGCAAGAUUUGUUGCAGUACAAUAUAUUAAAACCAACUCUGAAUGUUCUAAUAAUAAGUACUUCAUAGAGACAUUUAAUAAGAAGUCUCAAGAGCCCUGUAAGUCCUUUACAAGAUGUUACAUAGGACGUACCAGGUUUUUACAAAUUUUACAAAAAGAAGAUUCUCUGAUUCGACAAUACCAGGAAAAUUCUCAAUCAUUAAUUAAAGAAAUAAGAGAUUUGAAUACACAAUAUAGUGAAUUGCAAAAAUUACAAAAAAAGAACCAGAAUGAAGACCCAAGGGACAUAUUAGAAAAAGUUCAAAAGGUUCGAUUGAUGUGGGAUUCUGUGAUGGAAACUCUUACAUUUUUGGAAAAAGAAAGAGAAGUUGUUAAUUCGGUCAUUACAGGUCAUGUUGAUCAGUAUACUUUGGAUGGAGCUGGUGUUGCUAUUAAGGUUCCAAGGCUCUUACUGGACAGAAUUGAAAAACAAAUGUGCCACUUAUUUAUAGGAAACCUUUAUGAAGCUGGAAAAUUGAAUCUUUUAACUGUUAUUCAGUUAUUAAAUGAAGCCCUGAAGAUUUUAAAAAAUGAACGUAGUCGUACUGACCAAACAGGAUUGACAGCAGAUCUUAAUUUUGUUGAGAGAGAGGCCAGAGUUCAGAAAAUCACUUUAUCACAUGUGAAGCAGUUGAGGUAUAAAAUAAAACAAGAGGCUGCUCUUAUAAGGCAAUCAAAUGCUGAAAAACAAAGAAAAUGGAGUAAGAAGUGGGAAGAGUUCCUUAAUCAGGCUCCUUUUAGUCUAAUUAAAGAUGAGACACCAGCCCUGGAUCUUUUACCAGCAAUGUCUCCUCUUUCAUUUGAUCCUGCUUCAGAAGAAGUUUAUGAAAAUAGUGUCUUCUUUCGAUAUCCCAUAUCACUUCCAGAUGCAUCUAAGAAACAUACCCAAGAAAAUUUCCAUGGGAUGGAUGAUAAUGCAGUAAGAACUAAGGAUGACAGUGCAAUAAGAACUACAGAUGAACUAGUGAACAGGGUUGCUGUCCUUCCAAUGCAGUCAGAUACAGUGUCUGAUAGUAGCAGUGUAAUAUUGCUUGAAAAGGAUACGAAGACAAAGAUUAUCAGAGAUAAAGAACAAUCACUUUCAAAAAACAAAAAAAAAGUCAAAAUGGACACAUCUCAAUCAUUGUCAGCUCAGAAGAACAGAGAGAGUUGUAUGCUUUCAACACCAAAGCUAGAUCCCUUCAAAAAAGAAGUAGAUCAUCUGGCAGAGGAGGUUGCCAAGGCAGUUAUAGCAGACUCACCACAGCUUUAUGAAGGAAGAGAUGUAGAAUUAGGGACCUUAAUCAACCAUUUAUUUUCUAAUCCAUUUUUGACAAGGAAGCAGAUUCCACGAACUCCAGAAAAUUUGACUCCUGAAAUUAGAAACUCACAAAGAGAAGUUUUUCAAGAUGAAGUUGAUCCAGAUAUAGAGGUGGUUCAAACAGAUGCUGUAUUAAGUGAUCAAACAUGUUUAAACACGAACAGUUUUCUCUCAGGGUCAGCUUUUAGUAAAUCUUUCCUGCCUGAAGAAAAAGGAUCUCCAAAACUUGGGCCUCAAGAAAAUAUAGGAACUAGUCACCUUGACCCACUAACAAGCAAAUGUGCAGAAAUUUUAAACAAAGGAAUCCAGGAGCAGCAGAACUCAGAAUGUUCAGCUUUGCAAGAAGAUCUUGAAGAAAGUGACCAUACAGGAUCAAUUUUAUCUGCUGCAGAAAAUAAGAUGGAUGGAGUUGAUGGCAAAGAAGAGCAUGUUAAAAAACUGAAUUUCUCAUCUGCAUCUUGUAAAGAACAGUCUUGGGUGUGGAAUUCUAUGAUUCUGAAUGAAAUUAGUUCUAAUGGUAAUAAGGCUGCCCAUUUUGAUAUAUUACAUGAAACCCUUCCAGAGGUAACUGACAACUUGAGUCUUAAUAGCUCCUUUAGCACAGAGUCCAUUGAUGAAGUAGGGCAAUAUAAUUCAGUGGCUAAUGAUGUCUUAAAGGAAGAUUCAGAGAGAAAAAUAUCAAAUACUGAAGAAAGAACCUUGAAUUUUGAUGCUAUCCGCAGUAGAUUGGAGUCUCUUAAAAAGUCUGUAUAUGAGAAAAAGAAAGAGUUUUCUCCUGAAACAUAUACAAAACGGGACUCAGAAUUGGGCUAUACUUCAAAUAAUAUGGAAACAGAUGACAUAGCUAAUUUUCUAGGAGAUACUCCUGCUCUCUACACAGACAACAUAAGACCAUCUCUACAAAAGUCCCUUGGUGAAAGAAAAUCUCUUUCACCACUUAUUAAGUUUUCUCCAGAAGAACGCAGACUAAGGCCCACAAAGCCAAACAGUAUUGGAGAAUUUUUACCUUAUUUAAAGGAUGGGAAGAGUGAGAAUGAACAAAUUGGAUAGCAUUUGAGUCCUAGGAUAUUGCCUCAAUCAAUUAAAAGAAGAUGACAACUUGGAUAGAAGGCUUGAAUUGAAUCCUCAUCUGAUUUAAAGGCUAAAGAAAGAUGGAGCAGUUGCACAAUUUAAUUGAAUUAUGAUGGAUUUAAAUCGAAGACACAAUAUAGAAUAAAAAUUAAUUUGUAAUCUUAAGUAUUUUUUGGGAAGCCUUACUCCUUCAGAUAAAGGGAAAAAAAAAUUCUGGGUAAUAUUAAGACCUCAAUCUUGUAGGGCAAAAGAUAUCUAUAAUACCCAGUUAGUGACUUCUUUUGUCUUUUUUGAGUGAAAAAAUAGAGGAUUUUUUUAGCCAUUUGUAAGAAAAGGAAGUUGAAAAAAUAUAGAAUGUGCAGAAUGUUAGAGUGUGAAAGGACUUUAGAGAUCAUUGAAUUUAAUUCAGUCUUCUCAUUUUAUAGAUAAGGAAACUGAGGCCCAGAGGGGUGAAGUAAUUGUUAUAAGUCAUUUUGAUACUUUUUAGUGAUCAGCUUGCAAAGAAUGAGCUUUUCAAAAUUGGCAUAAAUAGUAGCUUGACUAACUUUAAAGGAUAAAUGGCAUAAGAAAGCCAUUUAGAAAUACUAUACUUUCCUCAUAAGGCAAUAGCAGUUGUGUAAGUCUUCAAUGUUACUUAGAAUAUAUAAUCCAAAGAUAGUAAAUGAAGUAGGGUAAGCAGUAUAGGAAGUCUACUUUCCGUUGAUUAUUUUAUAAUUGGAGAAGAACCAGAAGAUGAGCCUUAAACUUGCUUUCCCAAAGUGGUAAUAGCAACUCGUAUAGAUGAAGUUAUGUGGAGUGAAGAGUGAAUAUACAAUAGGGAAGAAGAUCUCCAAAUGAAAAAAUGGCAAAAUGACAAGAAAAAUGAUAAGAAGAGAUAAUAGGCAUGACUACCAAGAACAAGAAAUCUACUCAUUAAGUUUGAGUAAUGGACUAUUUGGUCUAAUUUAGACUGGGACUAUUUAUUUUUCUAGUUUUUGUAUUUCUGAAGGAAAAUGUAAAUAAAUAAUAUUCACUGUU